AUACGGCCGGCUCCAAAGCCCUAAUCUUCUCGGUCCGUGACUCUGCUGUUGUCCGCCGCUUACCCUAACACCCAUCCCAAGCGGAGAGAAGACGAACUAGGAAGCCAUGGCGGAUGCUUCGGACGCUGUGGACGUGGGAGGUGCGCAACCGAAGAAGAGGACCUUUAGGAAGUUCUCCUACCGUGGGGUCGACCUCGAUCAGCUCCUUGACAUGGGCCUCGAUGAGCUGGUCAAGCUCUUUGAUGCUCGUGCUCGAAGAAGGUUCCAGAGAGGGUUGAAGAGGAAGCCCAUGGCUCUGAUCAAGAAGCUUCGUAAGGCGAAGCGUGAUGCUCCCCCUGGUGAAAAACCUGAGCCUGUGAGGACCCACCUCAGGAACAUGAUAAUAGUCCCAGAGAUGAUUGGGAGCAUCAUUGGUGUCUACAAUGGAAAAACUUUUAACCAGGUUGAAAUCAAGCCUGAGAUGAUUGGUCAUUACCUGGCUGAGUUCUCUAUCUCAUACAAGCCUGUGAAGCAUGGAAGGCCUGGUAUCGGUGCCACACACUCCUCCAGGUUCAUCCCGCUCAAGUAAUUAUUCCAGAGAAAGAUGGCAAGAAGGUCAUUGCAACCGUUCAGCGCUUAUUCCCAUUUUAUCUGCCGCUGGUUUUAAGUUUAAACUUUCAGUGCUUAUUCUCAUUUUAUUCGGUCAUGUUCCAUUAUUGUUUAGUCUUUCGUGCCCAAGUGGUGUUUAAAUGACUUUUUGACUUGUACCAGAUUGGCCAGAUACUGUCUCUUCCGUCAACAGUAUUUAUGACGUGCCUAUUAUCGCCCGAAGGAUGUACCAUCCGUAACUUGUCAUAGCAUGCAUAAUCGUGGUUAAAAGUGUUUCUGUAGCUUAUCUUAACUUUUGGGCUAGAUUAUUGUAA